ACGUUAUGUAAUCAAUAUUCGGGGAAAAAGGUUCGGGAAUAUUGUCAAAACAGCUGUUAUUACAAUGAAACCUUAUAAAAAUCAGAUCAUAUAAUGGAUGGUUCAACCCACGUUACACAAGUGGGACCUCGGUCCGGGUUUCGCACUGGAAAAGCCAUGAAACAAUUUAGCUUGGACUUGCUAAUUCUUUUGUGCAUGAUCACUGUACCCAUCACACUUUUCAAGAUUGGUAAGCCCACUAACCGCGGAUUUUUUUGCGACGACCAGACCCUUGAUUACCCGUACCAAGAAUCCACUAUAAGCACCGCUGUUAUGGUCAUUUACACCUUAUUAAUUCCCAUUAUCUCGAUCCCUUUAUACGAAGCUCUCGGUUAUCAUCGCAACAUUGUAACUCACACUAAAACAUUGGAAAAUAAGCACAAAUAUAAGAUGAAUUUCUUGUUCAACGUUUAUCACAACAUAUGGCUAUUUAUUUUCGGUUACGCCCUCACCCAGACUACCAUUGAUAUUGCUAAAUAUUCGAUCGGUCGCCUUAGGCCUCAUUUCUUCGAUCUAUGCAAGCCUAAUUUUUAUCAAAAGUGCAAUCCUCAUAUUUUUAUCAGAAAUUACACGUGUACCAGUGGGACUUCGUUUCGUAUACGAGAAGUCAAACUUUCGUUUGUGUCGGGUCACGCCGCUCUAGCUUGUUAUUCCUUCGUGUUCUUAGCCUAUUUCCUGCAAGUUCACGAGGCCACCAGGAGGUAUACCAUAACAAAAGCUAUCUUGCAGGCUGUCUAUUUUUGGAUAGCGCUUUAUACCUCUUAUACAAGGGUAUCGGACUUCAAGCAUCACUGGAGUGACGUUUUCGCUGGCGCCCUUUUUGGAUCCCUUACAGCCAUUUUAAUAAUGAGAUACAUCUAUACAGAUAAAUACAAUACGAGAUGUCGACGGCUAAGUGAUGCAUGUCAACGUGAUAUGGAUAACAGGGAAUUUACCAAAAUGGACACUGUUUAAUUUAAGUUAUAUUCCAGGAAAAAAAAUGUUGCAAUAUUUUCACUCCUUAUGAAGAAUUAUAUUUUAAUACAAGUAUCACCCUCAUAAAUAAAGCUUUUACGAUAUCAUACAAUCAACAUCUCCUAAUUAUAAAAUUAUACUAGAACGAUUAUUAUGUUUAUAAGUAUUUUAGUAAGUGUUAACAUCAGAACUUAUGACUUAAUCUAGAAUAUUUUUUUUUUAAAUUUAUUUAUUUUUAUAUUGAUUAAAAAAUUCUUAAUAGGACCUAACCUUAAUGCUUAUGUAAAUAUUUUAAUUAAACAAUGAUUGUGACCUUUAUCUUGCUUAUAAUAAUUACUUUAAUCGCUCUAUAGAUCUGUGUAAAGCUUUGGUCCACUUCUUUAAAUGCGUUUAAAAAGGCUUUCGAUAUUUAAAGAUAAAGAUAAAAUUCGCACCGUUUUUCCUGAUAAGAAGUGGACCAAUACAUUUUUUUAGGUUAAAUUUUUUUAAAACUUUUUUUUUAUACAUAGUCAACCAAUCAUUAGGUAACAUUAUGAUUCAUAUGUAUUAAAUUUUGUAAGAAAAUAAUAAUAAUAUACGAUAUAAGCAUUAAUUUUUAAAU